CUGUCAAGACUGGCCCAAAUAAGCCCUCCCACUUUUCCUCUCCCGAGUGUAAAUUGUCUUGGGAAGAGGAGAUAGGUUGUCUUUGAAACACCACCAUAAUUUUUGGUGAUACAGCAGUAUUCUCAGUGAAUUUACAUUAAGCUCAACGCCAAAUACCUCCAAGUUCUGGACAAAUUUCAGAUGGACUGAAGCCCUCACAAAGACGGCCACUUGUGUCGCAAUAUGAGGCUGAGGCCAGUGAGAGUUCCUCUUUCGAUGAGCCAAAAGUGUUAGGAUAAAUCCGCCCGAGAAGUGACACCCUUCUUGUGAAAACUGAACUGAAAGAGACGUCAGGAUGUCGGCCCAGGAGGGGGCAGAGACGAACGGCAGCGGCAGCCAACCAGACAGCCGCCUGAAGAGCAAGAAGCCUCCGAGCUUGACCAUCGCGAUCCCUCCGUCCCAGGAAGAGCCCGAAGCAGAGUCCAGCAAACAGCCCCAGCCCCUGCGUCCGUCGCUGAAGAAGAGCGUGAGCAUGCAGCAGUCCAGCGAGGCCCUGUCCGAGCCCUCGGCCGACAGGAGGAGAGCCCAGUUCCGCCGGCAGACCUCGCUCUCGCAGAGCAUCCGCAAGGGCACGGCGCAGUGGUUCGGCGUGGGCAGUGACUUUGAGAGCAAGCAGCAGGUGUGGCAGCGCAAGAGCCUGCGCCACUGCAGCCAGCGCUACGGCAAGCUCAAGCCGCAGUACUGCGACACGCCCGACGGGAGCAGCAGCAUGGAGAAGCUCGAGUCGCCCGCCACCUUCAAGAUGCCAAAGAUUGUGGACCCUCUGGCCCGUGGCCGGGCCUUUCGUCAGCCGAGCGAGACGGAGCGGCCGCCGCGGACGCCCUUCACGCCCCGCAUCACCUCGCUCAGCUCCUUCUCCAGCCAGCGCUCCGGCUACGCCCGCAUGCCGCGCCGCAAGAGGGAGUCCGUCGCCCGCAUGAGCAUCCGCGCCGCCUCCAACCUCAUCAAGGGUCGUCCGGGGCUGCAGGGAUCGGUCACCGGCACCGGCCGUGGGUUCCCACGCCGCAGCUUCGCCCGGCCCAGCUGGAUGGAGGAGGACACGGUGGACACGGCCGACACCUCCGACUCCGUCUUCUUCAGCAAGAUUGACGCUCGAGAGGAGAUGUACUCCAUGGCCGACGACGUGUUCGAGUCGCCCCCUCUGUCCGCCGCGUACGGCCCAGGAGACAUGCCCUUUGGAGACGGCACCCCCUUCUACAGCCUACGGGACAUCAGUAAGACGCCGCUGCCUUGUGAGCGGCCGCAGCAGCGUCGCGGGCGACGCAUCGCCUCGCAGGUCAAGCACUUCGCCUUCGACAAGCACAAGCGCCUGUACGGCAUGGGCGUGGUGGGCAAGUGGCUGAACCGCCACUACCGCCGCAGCCUCAGCAGCAACGUGCAGAAGCAGCUGGAGGACUUCCACAGCCACCGGCCGUACUUCACGUACUGGAUCACGUUCGUCCACAUCGUCAUCACCCUCCUGGCCAUCUGCACGUACGGCUUCGCCCCCGUCGGAUUCGCCCAGCGCUCCACCACCGAGCUGGUGCUGAAGAACAAAGGCAUCUAUGAGAGCGUGAAGUACAUCCAGCAGGAGAACUUCUGGCUUGGGCCGUCCUCUGAUGAUCUCAUCCACCUGGGGGCCAAGUUCUCCCCCUGCAUCAGGCAGGACCAGCAGAUCGUGCAGCUCAUCCGCAAGGCCAAAGACCUGGAGCGGCAGACGGGCUGCUGCGUCCAGAACGACAACUCCGGCUGUGUGCAGACCCUCAACAAAGACUGCUCAGAAACACUUGGCACUUUCAUCCAGUGGACAAAUGAAGAUGUGGACAUCGUCAGGACGUCCGGCGCUGUGUGUCAUCAGGACCCAAGGAUCUGUGAAGAGCCCGGCUCCAUAGCACCGCACAUAUGGCCCGAUGACAUCACCGAGUGGCCGAUCUGUACCAAGCGUGGCAGGUUGAACCAAACAGGCCUUCGGCACAUGGACUGCAAGAUUAAAGGGCGGCCCUGCUGCAUAGGCACCAAGGGCAGGUGUGAGAUUACAACGCGGGAGUACUGUAGUUUCAUGCAGGGAUACUUUCACGAAGAGGCCACGCUAUGCUCACAGGUAAAUUGUUUAGAUGAUGUGUGUGGGCUGCUGCCCUUCCUGAAUCCAGAUGUGCCGGACCAGUUCUACAGGCUGUGGCUGUCGCUCUUCCUCCACGCCGGACUGCUGCACUGCCUGGUGUCGGUGGUGUUCCACAUGACCAUCCUGCGGGACCUGGAGAAGCUGGCGGGCUGGCUGCGCAUCUCCAUCAUCUACAUCCUCAGCGGCAUCACCGGCAACCUGGCCAGCGCCCUCUUCCUCCCCUACAGAGCCGAGGUGGGUCCGGCCGGCUCCCAGUUCGGUCUGCUGGCGUGCCUGUUCGUGGAGCUCAUCCAGUGCUGGCAGAUCCUGGCCACACCCUGGAAGGCCUUCCUCAAGCUGGUGGGCAUCGUGCUCUUCCUCUUCUUCUGCGGCCUGCUGCCCUGGAUCGACAACAUCGCGCACAUCUUCGGCUUCCUCAGCGGCCUGCUGCUCUCCUUCUCCUUCCUGCCGUACAUCACGUUCAACACGUUCGACAAGUACCGCAAGCGGGCGCUCAUCCUGCUCUCGCUGCUGGUCUUCGUGGGGCUCUUCGCCUCGCUCAUCGUCUGGUUCUACAUCUACCCCAUCAACUGGCACUGGCUGGAGCACCUCACCUGCCUGCCCUUCACCAGCAAGUUCUGCGAGCGCUACGACAUCGACCACGUGGUGCAUUAGGGAGGGCGCGACGCGUCGGGACACGUCGGAACCGUCGCAUGGCUAACGCUAUAAACACCGUAUGUCCCAAGUGCAUGCGAAUGCGAGAGAGCGUUGGCGACAAAAAUCAGUUUGAUUGCUUUGUUUUCGGUGAGAGUGUCCUAACUGGAUGCGUGUCAAUACAACUUAAGAACUUUUGUCGGGAACGCCCUGUUUCUAUUCUCUGUCUGUCGCUCGCGCUGUUCUAGAAUUAUACAAGCGUAACGCAAUAGAACGACACAUCUCUUGGAUUCAGCGUGGACAGCGAGCAUUCAAUGCUCUAUGACAGUCGGACGUUUGCAUGCAGUUGGGACAAGUUAACUUGUGAGAGGGCGUAUGGCGAGCGAGCAAAAGCACUACUAGAGAGAGAGUUACUCUACCCUUCUCACAGGGUUGCUGAAGGGGCAAAGAGAAUUCACAGGUCUGUGAGGACCUCGUGCGCAGACAUGAAACUGCGAGCAGACAUGAAACUGCGGACAUCUACUCUGAGAAUGGACAUGUUACCUCACAACAUUUGUUACACUUCCUGCUUAUUUGUUGUUUUGCAACACUAAAGAAAAUGUUCACUAAAGUGUUCAUCAAGGGGCUCAUCAGGACACAUGGCUUAGGACCUAAUUAGAACAUACAGGAAGCCAUCCUAGACUUAGACGUUUUUCUUUCAAGUAUUUGUGAGACAUGUUAUUGGGCUGGAGGCUUUGGGCAGUGGGAAGUCAUCAUAGGAGAUGGCUCUUAGGCCUUACACUACAGAGUAGUCUGAAUUUCACAUUUAAGCCAAGAAAACCUAAGACAAAAUCUGCCUUUUUCUUACAGAAGAAAAGGUGCGCAUUAUUUCAGAUCUACCAAUUGUCAGUUCCUGUAAAUGUUGCUGUUAUUUAAUGCCUUGAUAGAUGGUACAUUCUUUUUAAGUCAGCUAACUAACAUCAAGUUGCUUUGAGUCCAUCCGUUAGACUGACUGAACAUGUUGGUAUUCAUAAUACUGUGCAGCUUGAUAAUCAAUGUCAGCGCCUUUCUGGGAUCAUUUCAGUUGACCAAACUGAACAUUUCAAGUUUUUCAGUAAGUUCCAUGUGGAAUUUUGCCUAAGUAUUUAUAUUGAUUUUAUGGAUGGUCAGACAUGCAUUUCAAUAUCAAAUAUCACAUUUCAUUUGUCUCCAUUUUUUUUAUAUAAAGUGCUGCAUUUGCCUUGAAUGGGAAGCGUUUGAGUCAUGAACUGUAAGGGAUGUGAUUGUGCCAAGCUGAGCAAACGCCUCUCCAACAUCAGGACUGCAUUUACUGUGCCUCACUCCGGCGCUGGACUAGCCGUCCCUCGCUGUUUACCGGAAAAACAUCCGUCACCACUGCCCGCCUUGCUCCCCGUGUGCACUUGGAUUAGAGCUCUUAGCCGUGGUGAGUGUCUGGCUUUAUCCGCUGUGAAAAGAUGACUGUGAAAUGGAUUACGGCCUAAUUGGGGCUAAUAUGCAGCUAUGCGUGAUCAUGUAUCCCCUUCUGCGUAUCACAUCUGGGAGUUAGGAUUCAUGGGGAUGACUGGUAACGUAGAGAUGGUGAAGAGAUACUGUACCACUGCUUAUCUCUCUGAUCAUCACUCUUCAUGGAUAUGGAUGUUGCCGUGUUUUGUUUUUAGUACCCUACUGCCUGUUUCUCUGACACACAAGUGUGUUGCGGAGACCUAUAGCCCCUUCAGUUUUUUUUUCAGUAGGAUCUUGUUGACAUUGGAAUGCAGCGUGCCUUUUUUUCUUUAAAAAAAAAUUAAUAAUCAAGUUUGACUGCCUUUUAUUAUGAUUGCAUUAAUUUGUACUAACAAACUGUACAGGUGGGAUUGGACCAAAUAGAUAGUCAUUUAUUUAAAAAAAAAAAAAAGGGAAAUUGUAAAAUUAUACAUACUGAUAUUUUUGAUGGAUUUUAUAUGUUAUUCCUUUAUGUGUGGAUUAUAAAAGAUGUUUUCGUCUUUAAAACAAAUGUAAAUAAAUGUUUUUCUCCUA